AACAAAGAUUAAGUAUCCCAGCUCUGUGUAAGUCUAGCGCUCCUCCAAAAGUAUAUACACGCAGAAAUUAAUGCAUAUAGGGCUACCGUUUCAAUGUUACCUCUAACAAAAAUCAUAAGGGAGCAAGAUCAAUUGUGAGAAAUAUUGUCCGGGAAUGUCGUAUGCACGAACUAAAGAUAGGGGAAGAAAUUGUUGAUGAUGUAAUGCUGAAGGAAAAGGGCCUUCAAUGAUGUUAAUAAUUCGUUGCAUGGAAUGAGAAUUCGGUAUAAUAUAAUUUACCUAAUCAUGAACGCGAUGUUGAAGUUCGCCUCAGUUAUCAUCUUUAUUGCGCUCCAUUUCUCACAAGAGGUAAGAUGUGUAGUGGUGGUAUCUUUCAAACUCAAGCAUUAUUCAAACCCAACUCACGAAGACUUCGGCGGAGGAUGCUGUGAUCCGUUCAUAUUCAUAUGUAAUUCAUGUGACAACUACUUCAACCUUUGUUUUGGUAUAGUGCAAAGUGAGUUUACUAUAGCCCCCUGUGCUUAUGGGAGCUAUUCAACAGAUAGACUCUUCUCGGAUAAUGACGACUUUGAUUUCCCGAGCUCUUUGGGUAGUAAUGCCGGAGCGAAUCCUAUCGUAUUCUCCAUCAACACAUGGACGGGUGGAUUCCGUGCCAACAUUGAAGUAUGGGAUAGAGAUUUUAACGCACAUGAUUUAAUAGAUCGAAUAGGCUUCAAUUUCCAAGGUACUAAAUACCAACCUUACAGGUCAUCUAGCUUAGCUCAAAAGAAAACGGAAACUCUUCAUGGACCAGGAAAAGCAACAAUCACAGUAGAAGUAAAAGUGUAUUGCCAGGAGCAUUACUAUGGUACAUCAUCCGGCUGUUCUCAGCACUGUCUUGCUAGGAAUGAUGAUCUAGGCCAUUAUGAUUGCGACGAUAUUACUGGGGCAAUUGUCUGUCACGUUGGUUAUGAAGGUGACAACUGUAAUCAGCCUACAAAUGAGUGCAACCCGAAUCCUUGUUUUAAUGGUGGGAUAUGUACUGAUCAGCACAAUAGUUACGAUUGCACUUGCCAACCCGGAACCACAGGUGUACAAUGCCAAACGGAUAUUGAUGAAUGUUUGAGCAGUCCUUGUGUGAAUGGCACCUGCAACACCUCUCCUAAUACUCUCAACAUCUACACCUGCUCCUGCGAGCCUGGUUAUGAAGGAAUCAACUGUGAGAAUGAGAUGAUUGAAUGUGCUUCUAAUCCAUGCCAACGAGGGGGAACGUGCUUGGACUUGGUGAACUCAUUUGUCUGCUACUGUCCGCCUGGAUCUCAAGGUACGCGAUGUGAGAUCGACGUUGAUGAGUGUUCAAGUCGGCCGUGCCAACAUGGUGGAUCAUGUGUGGCUUCAUCAUCUGUCCUGAACUAUUAUCGAUGCGACUGCGCAGACGGUUAUAUAGGAGUAAACUGCGAAGAAGAUGAAGAUGAAUGCUUGUCAUCACCAUGCCAACAGGGAGGACAGUGUCAUAAUCUCAUCAACGGUUUUGAAUGUUUAUGCCCUGCAGGUACCGCAGGCCCGCGUUGUGAAAUCGACAUCGAUGAAUGUCUUAGCUUUCCCUGUGCAUAUAACAGCAAUUGCAGUACACCAGAGCUUGGUUUAUACACCUGUGACUGCCAGCCAGGAUUCACAGGAAUCAACUGUGACACCAUCAUCGAUGAAUGUAGAUCACAGCCUUGCAUGAAUGGGGGAUCAUGUACAGAUCUCAUCAAUGCAUUCCAGUGCACUUGUUUGCAGGGAACAGAAGGAGAUAUGUGUGAAGUGGACGUCGAUGAGUGCCAGAGCGAACCGUGUCUAAACGGAGGUACUUGCACCACUCUGCUCGGUCAGAUUAACUACUUCGUAUGUACAUGUUCAACUGGUUUCGACGGUCUCUACUGCCAGAAUGACAUUAACGAAUGUCUCUCCAACCCAUGUCAUCAAAGCGGACAUUGUAAUGACCUGGUUGCUGACUAUAGUUGCACCUGCAUUCCUGGUACUUCAGGCGAAAAUUGCGAAGUGGACAUAGACGAAUGUUUGUCUGAGCCUUGUUUAAAUGGAGGACAGUGUCGUACAACCCCGGACCAGCUUAACACCUUUCAAUGUGACUGUCUGGAAGGUUUUGUAGGAUUGACUUGUAACGGACACGUUUGCGAUAACGAUCCUUGCUCAAAUGGUGCCUCGUGUAAAGCGGUAGGAAACCAGACCACGUGCCGAUGUCCACCUGGUUAUGAAGGUGUCUACUGCGAGGAUGAUAUUGAUGAAUGUUUGAGUAAUCCCUGUCAGAAUGAUGCCACUUGCCAUGAUAUUUUAAAUGGUUAUAUUUGCGCUUGCCCAGAACAUUACGGUAGUGAUAACUGCGAUAUUGACUUUAACAGGUGUAGGUUUUCCUUAUGUGAUAAUGGAGCAACGUGCAUCAAUUUACCUAAUGAUUUUCUUUGUCAGUGUAGAGACGAUUUCACAGGGGACCUAUGCGAAACAACAAUAGAUGACUGUUUAUCACAUUCUUGUGCAAAUGGUGCGACGUGUUCGGAUAAUGUUUUGAGCUAUACAUGUAUUUGUGCAGCUGGAUUUUAUGGACAGUUAUGCGACUUUGACAUUGAUGAAUGUUCAUCGAAUCAAUGCAAGAACGGAGCUGUAUGCAUUAAUGGCGUAAACAUGUUUACCUGCCAAUGUCCUGAUGGAUUUGAAGGAAGGGUUUGUGAUGGAAUCGUCAACAACUGUGACAGUUCACCCUGCUAUAACAACGCAACAUGUAUCAACGGACUAGCAGCCUUUGAAUGUAGAUGUGCCCCUGGAUUCAUGGGGUUAAACUGCCAAACUGAGAUCAACGAAUGCGCUAGUACCCCUUGCAGAAACGAUGGCACCUGUUCAGAUAUGGUAGGUGAAUACUCUUGUCAGUGUGGCAUUGGUUUUGAAGGCGUUAAUUGUGAGGUCAAUACAGACGACUGUUUAGCCAAUGCAUGUCAGAACGGUGCUACCUGUGUUGAUGGGAUCAACACAUACAUCUGUAUCUGUAUACCAGGAUAUAUUGGACAGUACUGUCACCAGAAUGUUAACGAGUGCAGCAGCAACCCCUGCCACAAUUCUGGACAAUGUAUGGAUCACACUAACGGAUAUAUCUGUGUAUGUCAGAAUGGCUAUCAUGGCGUGAACUGCGACUGUCCGCCAGGAACAGCAGGUCAACAGUGUGAGAUAGACGUAAACGAAUGUGACAGUCUCCCUUGUCAAAAUGGCGGUACAUGUUUUACCUCUUCUUAUAUUCUGAAUGCGUAUAACUGUACCUGUAGAUCUGGGUAUACAGGUGAUAACUGCGAAACCGAGGUGGACGAGUGUAAUUCAAAUCCGUGCCAAUAUGGCGGCAUUUGUGACGAGAAAGUUAAUGGUUAUUUCUGUUGGUGUCCAAGCGGAACAGUGGGAAUCAACUGUGAGGUUGACAUUGACGAGUGCCUGAGUUUUCCCUGUCUGAAUGGUGCGACUUGCCUAACGUAUCCAGACACUCUUGAUUAUUACGAUUGUCAUUGUGCACCAGGAUUCGAGGGUGUGCAUUGUAGUAGCAAUGUCAACGAGUGCAACUCAGAUCCAUGUGCAAGAGGAACCUGUAUUGACCUUAUCAAUGGAUUCCGAUGUGACUGUCCAAUUGGGAGUGAAGGUCUAUUGUGUGAAGUGGAUAUUAACGAAUGUUUAAAUGAGCCAUGCCAGAAUGGAGGCAGUUGCUACCAGUCUCAGCAGCUGGGUAGCUAUAUUUGCAUCUGUCUAGAUGGAUAUACAGGAUCCCAUUGUCAAGUUGAUAUUGAUGACUGCUUACCAAACCCUUGUGCACGAAAUGGUACUUGUUCUGAUAGAGUAAACGGCUAUGACUGUUCUUGUCCGAAAGGAAGUUCAGGUUUACGAUGUGAGGAGGACAUUGACGAAUGCAAGUCUUCUCCGUGUCUGAAUGAUGCAACAUGUUCGGAGGAAGCAGAUAUACUAAACGAAUACCAAUGCACGUGUGUGACUGGAUACCUAGGAACGAACUGUGAAGGACAUGUCUGUGAUACGGAUCCUUGUGAAAAUGGAGCUACUUGUAAGGCUGUAGGAGAUGAUAUCACCUGUCUCUGUGCGUUAGGGUACCAGGGUACAUACUGCGAGCAAGAGAUCGAUGAAUGUGACAGUAGUCCUUGUGCUAACAAUGCUACAUGCCAGGAUGAAUUAAAUGGGUAUACUUGUAAUUGCCCUGAUGGUUUUGGAAGUAGUCACUGCGAGGUUGACACUGAUACCUGCCGAUCAGAUCCAUGUGAGAACGGUGCACUUUGUACAAAUUUGCUGAACGAUUAUAAAUGCCACUGCCAAGCCGGAUUUAUUGGAGAUCUCUGUGAAGAAAAUGUCGAUGACUGCGGGAAUCAUAUCUGUUUGAACGAUGGGGUAUGUGUUGAUGGGAUAGUUUCAUAUUCGUGUGACUGCAGGGCAGGAUUCACUGGACAUUUUUGUGAUAUAAAUAUAAACGAGUGUUAUGGCAAUCCAUGUAGGAAUGGUGGAUUCUGCGUUGAUCAAAUUGAUGGUUACACUUGUUACUGUGUACCUGGAUUCGAAGGAACAAACUGUAGUAAUGUGGUAGACAACUGUCUUAGUGAGCCAUGUAAGAAUGGUGCCACAUGCAAUAAUGGAUUUGCCUCAUAUUCAUGCAGCUGUCCUGAAGGAUUCAUGGGUGUGGACUGCAACAUCAAUAUCGACGAAUGCCUUAGUUCCCCAUGUGCCAAUAUUGGUACCUGCGUUGAUGAAGCAAAUGGCUACAAGUGCAUUUGUAGAUUGGGAUUUCAAGGUUUGCAUUGUGAAAUUAAUGUCAACGACUGUGAAGGUGUCAUCUGUCAAAAUGGUGGUAGUUGUAUAGAUGGAGUAAAUACUUAUGUCUGUCUCUGUGACGCGGGCUAUGACGGAAAUUCAUGCGAGAUCAGUAUUAACGAAUGUGCGAGCAACCCAUGCCAAAAUGCUGCAAGUUGCAUAGAUUUGAUCAAUGGCUAUUCAUGCCAAUGUGCCGAAGGCUAUGAAGGUUUCAAUUGUGAGGUCAAUACUCUAAAAUGCUGGAGUAACCCAUGCCAAAAUGGUGCUCAAUGUGAUGAUAUUACCAAUGGUUACACAUGUCAAUGUUCUGAUGGGUACACUGGUACGCACUGCGAACAGCCAAUCAACCUGUGUGAAAACAAUCCAUGUAAAAAUGGCGCCACCUGCUUCAAUUUCUUAACUUUUUACGUGUGUUCUUGCGCUGGUGGUUACCAAGGUUUGGACUGUGAGGAAGAUGUGGAUGACUGUCGUUACAACAGCUGUGCAAACGGUGCCACUUGUAUUGAUGGUUUCCAAACAUAUACCUGCGUUUGUGAUAAUGGGUUUACUAAUCGUUUAUGCAAUGAGGAUUUAGACGAGUGCUCUGUUUAUUCAGAUGUGUGUCCACCAGGCCUGCUCUGUGAUAAUUUCUACGGUGGAUAUGACUGUCUGACCCCUCCAACAACCCAACCUACAUUCACUGGACCAUGCUAUCGGGAUGCUUGUUACAACGAUGGUACCUGUGUGUUGUUUUUCAACUCAGAAUAUAGAUGCUUAUGUCAGGAAGGAUUUACUGGGGAACUGUGUCAGACGCAAGUUGAUGUAUGCCUUUCCUCUCCGUGUUUAAACAGCGGAUCCUGUAUCCCACAAUCCUCCUCAUCUGCAGUAUCAGUUCAUCGGUGCCAAUGUAUCGAUGGUUUCAUUGGGCUAAAUUGUGAAACGAGUCUCGUGGGAAUAGUCUAUUCAAUCUCAUUGGAAAGUCACAUACACAAUGUCGACGGACUUAGCAGUCGUUUUGAAGACUUAGUAUCCGUUGCUCUAGGACUCGACGAUGACCUAGUCAAAGUGACUCUGUACAAUAUUUCACAUAAUAUGGCAGUUACUAGGCAAACUUAUUCCGACGUAGGAUUUUAUUCCUACAUUUCUGGAAACUUCACUCAAAGAUCGGAAAUCGAUUCUGGCCUAUCUGCGCUUGAUAUUCCAGCCCAGAACUUAAUCAUCCAUCCUUUUAGGAUAUUUGUCCUUCGUUAUCCCACGACACCCUCUUUGAUAACGACCUCUAAAUAUGAUGGAUCAUCGUCCAAUAACGGCCUACUGAUUGGUGGUGUCCGGAUACCAAUGUGGACGAUCAUAUUACUUAUUGUGCUUGUGAUAUUGCUUCUUAUCAUGGCAGUAGCCGGAUUCUUGUACAUAAGGAGGACGAAGAAAAAUCGUGAUAUGGACGUACCAGAUUCCGUGGCCGGUGCUGCAGGGGCUGCUGGCCAAGAUUAUCUGGCAGAUGCUGUCCAGACCUCGAUGGUGGCUAGAAAAGAGAAUGAAUCGAGAAUCAUCCCCAUCAUAGAUCCAAAUGAUAUGUCCAUUGCAUAUGAUAAUCCCAUUUAUAGUGGUGUUGAUUUCCCAGAGUUGGAAGAUCCUUAUUCUACAUGCGGAGGGUCUACCUCUAAUGCCAACGGAAGUCAUGGGAACCAUCGAACAGAAAACAUAUACACAUAGGGGACAUGUGAAAUAAUUGAAUUCAUUUCUCGAUGAAUUUAUAUCACUAAACGACCCAAUUAUGUGAUGUUCAGCAUUCUCAUUAAUUCGUUCGUAUUUCUCAUUUUUUUCUCUCUCCCCUCGUUAUUUUUUUUCUUCACAUGGCACAUAAAUUUAAACAGCGUUUAAAAUAAAAUGAAGGUAAUGCAUGAUAAAUCUUAAUUGAUUUAAUAGAUAUUCAAAUGCUUUUAUUUGAAACCAAAAUUGAACAUACCAUUAUGAUAUUUACAAAAUCAUUGUCAACAACUUAAUAAAGAUAUGAUAAUUUGAUUCUAGUGCAUUUGCACUGUAAGAUUGAAGCUAGAAUAAAUUCCUUAUAAAAUGCAGUAAUUCAUCGGAUUCCGCAUAGUCGUAUCGUUGUCUUCAAGAAUUAUUUUGUUGAGAUGAUCUCUUCUGUAAAUUUUGGCUAUUAUGUCAUCCCAUUUGAUCUCAAACAUGAAUAUAAAUACAAUUAUAUCGCAUAACGAAAGCUGGUAUCGCUACAUUUAAUUUGGCAAUAGUUAUAACUAUAAGUUUUGUUACUAUUCGGUUUAUUUUUUAUUUUUGCCUUGCCUAGGAUAUGUGCAUUUAUAUUUCGUUAAAACGUUGUACAUAUAUAUCCAAGUUCAUUCAAUUUUACUGAAUGAACUUUCUUUAAAAAAUAUACAAAUCAUACUAUAUUAUAGUAUAAAAUUUCUCAAACUUUAAUUUUUCAUACGUAUUACCGUUGGAAAAAAGGCAGACAAUUUCUUUAAAAUGUAAUAUACCAUCAUUUUUCUAAACAUGAUAUAACUAUGCUCCAUCAUUCUUCUUCGCAAGAGUACAACCCAAUCUUACAUAGUUAUACAUAAAAGGAAGUGCGAUUUACUUGAUGCCAACAUGUAAACAUAUGUGUUUAACGUGCUUGUUAAGUUUUAUUUUAUGUAGUGUCUAUGAAGUGGAUAAAUAUGGUAUUUGUUUUUUAAUCGACACAUGGAAUGAAAUAACAUGUAUCUUUUAUUUUUCUAACUAUGGUUUGUGCUUACUGUUCCUCGAUAGUAUUUAUUUUCUCCCCCUUUCAUCAUGUUACAUCAAGGCCCGUCCUUACAAAUGAGUGUGCUUGACUGAAUCAGUCCCAAAUGAAAAAGCAAGCGACAUCAUUAUACCAAAUGCAUGCAUAUGUCCUUUUAACUCAUCUAGCUAUGCCAAUUUUUUUUUCGGGCAUGUCAUUUUGGUCAGUUAACGUGAUCCUCCUUGCUUAUCAAGGGAUAAGCGCUUAUGCUUAUAGACCAAAAUAAUUGGUGCUGUUGGCUUUCCAUAGUUGCGAUUCUUUGGGUCAAUCAGGCUCCCUUGAAAAAUGGGCAGAGAAAUAUCUUUCAAUAUUGCAUUUUGACUGCAGAGAAGGAGAAGGAUUGGUUUUGUAUAAACUUACUCAUUUUUACUGGUAUCAAAGCAUUUCAAAGGAACAUAUAUUUUUGUACAAGACUCAGAGAGCAUGAUGGUGUGAUUAAGUUGAAAUAAAAUGAUGUAUUAAGCAAUCUGAA